AUGGCCACAUUCGCAACCCCUCUGCCGCAAUCAAGCCGGUCCGAGAUCCUCGAAUGGCGCUUCCCAAAACCCUACCACCAAUACGUCCUGACCGGCAAGUCUCGUGCAGCAUGGCACACCUCCUUCGUCAUCCCCCAACUCAACCUCCUCCUCGACGCAGGCCUGGUCCGCGAAGACCCACCAGACAUCUUCUGCCCCGUCGAGAUGAAGAAGGCCUUUGACGACUUUUGCCUCGCAAAGACCCUCCUCAACCGCGGCGGUCUCACAACCAGCAGCGACGCCGAGGCCGUGGGUCUCAAGGUCGACGGUAAAGGCACCGACGAGGAUGGCAGGACGGAAGGGGAGAGGGCGUUCCUGGGCACGCACGUCACGACGGCCGUCAGACACGGCGACGUGGUGCCGCUGCGACGCCUCAAGGGCAUGGACGCCCUCGUGUUUCAGUGCGACCACAACCUCAAGGCCGAGUAUACCUCGCUUCCCGGCCCGGAGCUCAAGAGCCUGCGGCAGUCGGGCGUGGAGUUGACGGCGCCCGUGACGACGCCCGUGUUUGCGUUCCUUGGUGAUACGACGGCGUCGACGCUGGCUGCUGAGCCGGAGUGGUUGUCGCAGGGGAUCCCGGUGGUGAUUACCGAGUGCAGUUUCUUGUAUGAUGAGCAUGAUGCGCAGGCGGAGAAGACGAAGCAUACCAAGUGGAAGGAUCUCGACAAAGUGGUGCGCAAGUGGCCCAAGACGACGUUUAUUUUGACGCAUUUUAGUAUGCGGUAUAGCAACAAGGAUGUUGUUGCGUUCUUCAAUGGGCUGGAGGAUCCGCCGAAGAAUAUUGUCGUUUGGGCGGAUGGGCAGCCGGAGUAA